CUGGUAUAUCUUUACAGGGAACACUUUGGCUGUAGACAUCCACUGUACAUCAAAGCCUUGCUUCACUUUUGUCAUUUCUCUAGUGAAUUUAAACAAGACCAACCAGGUGUAGACGUGGCUAAGCAUACAUUGGAUACAGCUAAGAUAGUCUAUGGUUGUGAGACCAUUCAGCUCGCUCUGGCUCACAGAGCUCUAGCUAAAGCAUUACUUGUAGUACAGAAGUUUGAUAACAUGGAUUACUAUCACCAUGCUACAGAAGCUCUGAGGAUGGCAAGAGGUCUACUGCCUGACAAACAUCCAAUGUUACAUCUAUUUUUACACACAUCAGCUUCAGCAUUACAAUGGAAAGCUCUACAUUCUUCUAAGGACCUACAGAAUUCCACACUACGACUAGCAGAAACACAGGCCAUUGAUGCUUUAGAAAUUGUGGCUAUCCAUUACUCAGAAAUUAGUUUAUGUACAGCUAGAAUGUGUGUGCUGCUCGGUCAAAUAAAAUCAAAAAUGGACAUGGUAGAAGAGGCUGAUGAACUACUACAUAGAGCUAUCAUCUACAUGAAGCUUUGUCAACCAGAAAACAGCAAUUAUCUCCUCUUGGCAAUGGCUACACUAGCAACAUUACACAAAAUCUUCAAUAAACCAAAGGAAGCUGUUAAUUUAUUCAGUCAUGUUGUUACACAUGUUGAUUCAUCUGGUGUAUACCUGAAGUGGGUCCAUGUUUGUUAUGAUCACCUGAUUAACACUUUACAGUCCCUGAAUCAGAACAAAGAAGCUGACGAGUUCCAGAUUCAGCUGUCACAGUGGCUACGAGACAAUCCUGUAUACGACAAACAGAUCACAAUGGAAGAUCUAACUGCCAAACCAGAACCUUUCUCAAAAUUCUUAGAUAACUUCAAUGUUUGGGAAAAACGUACCAAAAAAGUUUUGGACUUUGCUAAGAAGGUGGUGGCAGCUGGAGAAGUCAAGUCAUAGUUUGAUUUGUAUUUACAGCCUAGUUGGCUGUGUAUAACUUCUGUGUUCCUCUAUGUAAUGAUCUGUUUAAAUGAUAUUUUCAUUGUAUGUUUUGGCAUCUCGUCAAUCAUUUGUGUCAAACUUCUUUAAAAUGUGAUAUUGAUGGUUUAUAUAUGUAUGAUACUAUAGAUAUAAAAACAAUUAAUUGAUUGUGCACCAAAUUAUUCUGUUUUUUCUUGAUUGAUUUCGUAUAAUUGAUAAGAAAUAUAUUCAGAUUCAUAAGUUUUCUACCUUUACACAAACUCAUGAUAAAAAUCAUAUUUUCUACUCUGAGAUAUUUCUAGAAGAAAAAAUAGCAUAAUAUUUUUAAUUCAUCAUUAAUUUUUUUUUUAUACAUAUAUGCAAUUUCGCAAGACUAUAAUUAUUCUUUUCUCUUACAAUAGCAUUAUAGUCUCAGCUAUCCAGGGAACUAUAAGAUGAGAUAUGAAAAUUAAGGAAUUUAGUUUUCAUCUGAAUUACAAACCAUAGUUUGGAAAUAUUAUGAGUGAUUUAUACUGUAGUGUCUUAAAUCGAUAAAGUCAUAUCUAUUCUUUAUCUUUUUUUCUAUUGCUCACAUAUUUUCAUAUAUAGUUUGUAACUUCAUUUCCAUAUCUUGGUCAUUAUAAAAGAGAGAAAUAUUGAUGACUGAAAUAUUUUGUAGAUAUUCUAUUGGUAUAAGAUGCCAGUACUAACGUUAGUACAUUGUAGUAUUAGUGGAAAGCAUUCUGUGAUAUACAUAUAUAUUCUAUGAUAUUUUGAUAAAUCAUUUUCAGUUUGUUGGUAUUGUAUGGGUUUUGUUUUAUUUUCACUUACUGAUAUUUUGAUUUCAAGUUGAAUUGUAAAUAUGAUUUAAUUGCUGUUCAUGUAUUGAUGAUUAGUAUUGAUAAUAACCAUGCAGUUAAAAUCUAUAUAUAAAUAUGUCUUCACAUUGGUUAUGUUAUAAUUGAUUAUGUUUUAUAAUGAUACCAAUAACAGGUUGGUCAAAUUUGGAAAUUCACUGUGACAAGCUUUAUACUGCCAAAUAUUAAGGGUAUUAUGAAGUAUCAAUAUCAAGGUCAGAUUUAGAAUCACUGUAUUAUAUAAUUGCACCUUCUGAUAUAUAUACUUUAAAUGUAUUUUAUUAAUUUCACAUGCAGGACUUUUAUGAUUGUAUUAGUUUGGUAUUCUUUCCCUGUACCUGAUAGUUUAAACGACAAACAGCUUUUCAAUUUAUGUUGGUUUUAACAGUUAAAAGUAUAGGUGAAUUGAAACAAGCAGUUACAGUGUAAUAUUCUUGUAUCAAAAUUCAGCUAAAAUUGUAUUACUUUAAACACACUAUCAUUGAAAAUGUAACUGUGUAUUUAUGUAAUUUACUAAAAUAAAGGUAAAGAAAUACAAUGA